AUGUAUCGUUUAGUUCCAAAGUGUGGCCUCAAUUUCAAACCAACGGCUCAAAAGCCAGUUGAAUAUAAGUAUGGUCCACGAUCUGUCGCCAUCAGUGAUUUCGACAAUGACACUGUUUUGGAUAUGGUUAUUGCCAAUCAUAUAGUCAACAAAAUAGCGGUGUAUUUGGGAAAUGAUGAUGGCAGUUUUAGAGAUCCAACCAUGUAUUCAGCAGGUUCCUAUUCUAGUCCUUACAUGAUCACAGUUGGAGAUUUCAACAAUGACAACCGAUUGGAUAUUGCAGUAGCAAAUUUUGGCACUAACAAUAUCGGCAUCUUUCAUGGAUUUGGGAAUGGAUCUUUCUCAAGUCAAAUAGAGUUUUCAACAGGCUCAUCUCGUCCGAUAGCAAUUAUUGCUGUUGAUUUCAACAAUGACUCACUACUUGAUAUUGCCACUGCCAAUUAUGGAACUCAUAGUGUUAGCAUACUCUAUGGAACUCGCAAUGGAAAUUUUUCUCCUACAAGUACUUAUUCAACAGGUUAUGAUUCUCUUCCAUCUUCAUUAGCUGCUGGAGAUUUCAAUAACGACAACUAUUUAGAUCUCGCCAUUGCCAAUUAUGGUACGAAUAAUGUUGACAUACUUUUUGGAAAUAGCAAUAGAACUUUUGAAAAACAAAUUACGUUUUCAACUGGCGCUGGUUCUCAUCCAUAUUCAAUCGCUGUUGGCUAUUUCAAUGACGACAUAUUUGUCGACAUAGCUAUUGCUAACUCGGGAACCCAUGAAGGUUUUUCAAAUCAAACAAGAAUUUCAGCUGGCUAUUCUCCACAAUCUGUAGUUGUUGGUGAUUUCAACAAUGACACUCGACUAGAUAUCAUUGUUGCCAAUGCGGUUAGCGAUGAUGUGAGUGUCCUUCUUGGAAAUGGAAAUGGUUCUUUUGAAAAUCAAACAAGGUAUUCAACUGGCUCUUGGCCACAAUCUGUAGCUGUUGGUGAUUUCAACAAUGACACUCGACUGGAUAUCAUUGUCGCCAACACGGGUAGCAACGAUGUGAGUGUUCUUCUUGGAAAUGGAAAUGGUUCUUUUGAAAAUCAAACAAGGUAUUCAGCUGGCUCUUCUCCACGAUCUGUAGCUAUUGGUGAUUUCAACAACGACACUCGACUAGAUAUCGUUGUCGCCAAUUAUUAUAGCAAUGAUGUGAGUGUCCUUCUUGGAUAUGGAAAUGGUUCUUUUGAAAAUCAAAGAAGAUAUUUAGCUGGCUCUUUUCCACAAUCUGUAGUUGUUGGUGAUUUGAACAGGGACACUCGACUAGAUAUUGUUGUCGCCAAUGCGGGUAGCAAUGAUGUGAGUGUCUUUCUUGGAAAUGGAAAUGGUUCUUUUGAAAAUCAAACAAGGUAUUCAGCUGGUUCUUCUCCACAAUCUGUAGUUGUUGGUGAUUUCAACAACGACACUCGACUAGAUAUCGUUGUUGCCAAUUAUCAUAGCUAUGAUGUGAGUGUUCUUCUUGGAAAUGGAAAUGGUUCUUUUGAAAAUCAAACAAAGUAUUCAGCUGGCUCUUCUCCAGUAUGUGUAGUUGUUGGUGAUUUCAACAAUGACGCUCGACUAGAUAUCAUUGUUGCCAAUGGAGUCAGCAAUGAUGUGAGUGUCCUUCUUGGAAAAGGAAAUGGUUCUUUUGAAAAUCAAAGAAGAUAUUCAGCUGGCUCUUCUCCAGUAUGUGUAGUUGUUGGUGAUUUUAACAACGACACUCGACUAGAUAUCAUUGUUGCCAGUGCGGUUAGCAAUGAUGUGAGUGUCUUUCUUGGAAAUGGAAAUGGUUCUUUUGAGAAUCAAACAAGGCAUUCAGCUGGCUCUUCUCCACAAUCUGUAGCUGUUGGUGAUUUCAACAAUGACACUCGACUAGAUAUCGUUGCCGCCAAUUUUGGUAGCAAUGAUGUGAGUGUUCUUCUUGGAAAUGAUAAUAGUUCUUUUGAAAAUCAAAGAAGAUAUUCAGCUGGCUCUUGGCCACAAUCUGUAGUUGUUGGUGAUUUCAACAACGACACUCGACUAGAUAUCGUUGUUGCCAAUUUUGGUAGCAAUGAUGUGAGUGUCCUUCUUGGCUAUGACAAUAUAGUUUUUGUAAAGCAAAUGACACUGGUAACUGGAAAUGAUUCUCGACCACAGUCUUUAGUAAUUAGCGAUUUUAAUAAUGAUGACCUAAUGGAUAUUGGCGUCGUUAAUUCAGGUGCGCACAAUAUUGGUAUUUUUCUUGGAUAUGGAGAUAUCUCUUUUGCAAAUCAAAUAACAUAUUCAACUGGCCUGUAUUCAUCUCCAUGCUCUAUGGCUGUCGGUGAUGUUAACAAUGAUACUCGAGUUGAUAUCGUCUUUGCUAGUUCUCAAAUUCGUCUCGAUACUCUUUAG